CCCUCACCGCCGUGGCCGCGUACGGACGAUGUCGGCGCUUCGCUACGCGGGUCUGGACGACACGGACAGCGAGGACGAGCUCCCGCCCGCCUGGGAGGAGCGGUCGACGCCGGACGGAUGGAUUUACUACGUCAAGUGAGCGGGACGGGAUGUCAUGCAGAGCAGAAGACCCAGUGGGACAACCCCAAGACAGGCAAACGCAAGAAGGUGGCUGGAGAGCUCCCGUACGGGUGGCAGCAACUCGUGGACGCCAAGGGCCAAGUCUACUUCACCGACCACAUCAACGGGCGCACGACGUUUGUGGACCCGCGCCUCGCCUUCCCCGUGGAGCAGACGGGGGCGGCUCGCUCCUCCUCCUCCGCCGCCGCGUUCCGCCAGCGCUUCGACGGCAGCAGCACGGCACUCGACGUGCUGCAGGGUCGCGACCUCAGCGGCGUCGUCGCGCUGGUCACCGGCGCCAGCAGCGGGAUCGGCUUUGAGACGUCGCGCUCUCUGGCGCUGCACGGAGCGCACGUCUUCCUGGCGUGCCGUGACGACGCCAGGGGUGCGCACGCCGCGCAGCUCAUCACCAGCGAGUGGCCCCAGGCUCAAGUGGACGUGCUGCCGCUGGACUUGGCGUCGCUGCACAGCGUACGCGAGUGCGCCGACAGCUUCAUCUCCCGGCGCCUGCCCCUGCACGUGUUGGUGUGCAACGCCGCCGUCUUCGCCGCUCCCUGGAGCCUCACGGAGGACCUGCUGGAGUCCACCUUCCAGGUGAACUACCUGGGCCACUUCUACCUGCUGCGCCUGCUCCAGGAGACGCUGGUGCGCUCGGCGCCGGCGCGGGUCGUGCUCGUCUCGUCCGAGUCGCACAGGUUCCCCGAGCUGGACGGCGCCGGCUUCCGCGUGGAUCUGUCGCGCCUGUCGCCGGCGUCGCGCUCCGACCACUGGCCGGCGCUCGCCUACAACCGCUCCAAGCUGUGCGCACUGCUGCUGGUGCUGGCGCUGCACGCUCGCCUCGCGCCGCUGCGCGUCGCCACACACGCCGUGCACCCGGGCAACAUGGUGUCCACGCGCCUCGCUCGCCACUCCUGGGCCUACCGCCUCCUCUUCCAGCUCGCCCGCCCGUUCACCAAGUCCCCGCAGCAGGCGGCGGCCACGACGGUGUACUGCGCGACGGCGCCGGAGCUGCAGGGCGCCAGCGGCAUGUACUUCAACAACUGCUGCCGCUGCCUCCCGUCCGCGGCCGCACAGAGCGAGGAGCUGGCGCAGGACCUCUGGGAGCUCAGCGAGCGCCUCGUGAGCGAGCGCAUGGGGCCACUGCCGCCCGCUGGCAAUGCCUGAGGCGGCGGCGGCGGCUGCCAGGACUGGGGAAUCGUUGCGUUGAUCAAUAAUUGUUGUUGUUGUCGUUUCUAUUUUUGUAUUAUUUCACUUUUUUUUUUACUAAAUACGCAAAUUGUCGCAGCGGUGGCUAGGAGAUGUUGACUACCUCGCCUGGUGUACAGGAGGUCGUGGGUUCAGUCCCAACCCUGACGCCUGCUGCUGUGUAUUUGGAGUUUGCGUGUCUCUCUCUCAUCAUCAUCACGGUGAAUAGGAGAUGUUGACAACCUCCCCUGGUAUACAGGAGGUUGUGGGUUCAAUCCCAACCCUGACGCCUGCUGUGUAUUUUGAGUUAGCAUCUCUCUCUCGCACAUGAUCAUCACAGUGAAUAGGAGAUGUUCACAACCUCGCCUGGUGUGCAGGAGGUCGUGGGUUCAGUCCCAACCCUGACGCCUGCUGUAUAUUUUGAGUUAGCAUCUCUCUCUCGCACAUGAUCAUCACAGUGAAUAGGAGAUGUUCACAACCUCGCCUGGUGUGCAGGAGGUCGUGGGUUCAGUCCCAACCCUGACGCCUGCUGUAUAUUUUGAGUUAGCGUCUCUCUGUCAUGAUCAUGCUCCUGCUGCUGCUGUGUGACCCCAAUAGAAUCAUAUGCAGGUUACAUUUGUUUCCAGCAGUCACAUCGAGUUGUGGUGGUGGUUUUUUUUAAUCCGUGGGAGAGAAGAGAAAAAAAACCCGCACGCAGAACGAGGGUGCGAGAUGUCACGCGCAAACUCUCUCCACACGGGCAUCAGAUUGGGGAAUCGAACCCAGGCCAUUCUUGCCACUACGCUGCGCUGUGACGAUUCGAUACUGGGGUUGGCUGGGUCGGGAUCUAUUUUGUCGUUUAGCGAGCUUUGUUUUCAUGAUCACCGUAUGUAACAAUUUUGUAAAAUUUUUCUUUGGUUCUGUCGGUAAAGUCACGUAUAAAGAUAAAAUAAUAAAUUAAAUAAUAGCAUACUACGACGUUUCGAUUGCAACACAAGCAAUCGUCAUCCGGUAUAAAAUAAAUAUAUAGCAACAAAAAUCUAACCAGAAAACUCUAGACAGACAUCUAAGCAGACAGACAUCAUAAAGAUACACAGAGAGAGAGGUCGUCUCUGUGGCGGGGCCCCCUCUCUAUAUUUAAAGCCCCGUCACAAAGACGACCUCUCUCUUUGUGCCAAUACGUGUUCUCUCUCUCUGUGUGUAUCUUUAUGAUGUCUGUCUGCUUAUAUGUCUGUCUAUAGUUUUCUGGUGAGAUUUUUGUUGCUAUUUCUUUUAUACCUGAUGACGAUUGCUUGUGUUGCAAUCGAAACGUCGUAGUAUGCUAUUAUUUAAUUUAUUAUUUUAUCUUCAUACGUGACUUUACCGAAAGAACCAAAGAAUAAUUCCUGCAGUCACGAAAGCUCCAAAAUUAAUUUUGUAAAACCCGCAUCGGUUCCGUUCCGUUCGAAGCCGAAUCGUAAAACAAAUCAUCGUGGCUCUUCUGACUCUCACGCAAGCAAUGUGUUUUUAUUUUUCCCCGCGUAUUUUUCCACUAGGUGGAAGUUCUGUAACGUGCGAUCAAAGACGGUUAUGACCUUCACGUUGGAAAGGCGGCGAGCUGUUAUCAUGUUCGUUCACAUCCUCUGCUGCUGCU